ACAAAUCCUCCCUCAAAUGAAUGGCAACCAUCAACUCACACAACUAAAAGAACAUACUACACUACAUUUCCCACAAUGCAGCACGGACGGGUGCUCGGCUGACAGGACACAUAUUACAGGGUGUGAAUGACAAGCUAUCAUUCCGGGGCGGGUAACAAUCCUGCUGAAAAGUAUCGUCGUGAACGCGACUGUUGUUCAGGCCUCAACAACGUGGACUACUCGAAGAUGGACUUGAAAGUGUUUGAAGAAGUCUUCAAGCAAAUCAACUUUCAUGACUCCAAUUUCCACAUUGCUGUGAUUGCAAUUAUUUUCAACCCCCUUUUUUGGAACGUGGUUGCAAGAUGGGAGCACAAGACACGUAAACUCUCCAAGAUUUUUGGAAGUCCCUACCUCGCCUGUUACUUCUUGGGCUUCAUCAUCCUCCUCCUCAAUGUAUAUCGCAGCCACAGCAUGACUGUGGUGAUGAAGACCCAAGCCAGGUGGGAGUUGAUGGACAGGCCCGAAGUGUUCUACUUUGGUGUACUUUUCAUCGUAUUGGGUUCUCUGCUGGUGGUCAGCAGCUUUCUAGCUCUUGGAUUCACUGGAACAUUCCUUGGUGACUACUUUGGCAUUCUGAUGGAUGAGAAGGUGACCAGCUUUCCUUUCAGCUUCAUUGAUAAUCCCAUGUACUGGGGCAGCACCUCCAACUACCUUGGCUUGGCACUUAUGGGGUGAUGGAGCUGCAUUCGGGCGAAAGGCGGGGUACACCCUGGACAAGUCGCCACCCGAUCUUAUUUUGCUGAGAAGCAAAAUGAAGAAAGAACUUUGAGAAGAAAAAAAUAGUUCUCUUUGCAACCUCCAUUUCUCUGUAACGCAGCUAGCAGUACUGGUACACAGAUCCGCAACUUAUACUUUUAUUUUUACAGUACAGUAAAUGUCCCAAAAUAGUCAUGUGGUUUCCCUCAGAAGAACUAGAACACCUCUAGGUGUUUUUUUGUUUUUUUUUUUAAUAGUCUUAUAUAACUAAUCACUCUGAUGACAGACAGCUUUAUUUGUAAUAUUUUGCCAGGGCAAUCACAUGGUAGUCAUAUAAUACAUUCAAGAGGACACUGUAUAUGCCCUCGUGGGAAAUAGGUUAUCAUAAUGCAUGCUCUUUUUUUUAACAAAGUAGUGUGGAGCCCUCAUUUUAUGCUCAGUUCUACCUUCGCAACUUGUGUACUUAAAAUACUGUAGGUAUAGCUUGUAUGUUUCCAUCAAUCAGCAUGAUCGGUUUACCAAAAUUUUACAGUACUGUAGAAUGUCUUAUAUGUAACGUUAUCCUUCUUCCUGUACCUGCUAAUUG